AAUUAUUUAUAAAUUAUUAAAAUACAAAAUCUUUUCUGAUUGCCACCUUUAAGUAUUGACGUCAUCGACAUUCUUAAUUAUUAUAUUAAUUUUGUUUUUAAAACUCUGCAUAAUUAUUCCUGGAAAUUUAUUAACGCGUAAUUACACAGAGCUUGACAAAGGCGUACAUGUAUAUGUAAAGCGCAAAUAAUUAAUGUGAAAUACUGUGUUUACAAUGGCCAAGAAGAAAAUAUCGCUUCCUCAAAUUGCUAAUGGACAAUACAGUAUUGUAAUACGAAAACGUGAUGUUUACACGCGUGCGCUAUGAAAAUCAUGAACGAGAAGGGAUGCAAAGGAAAAAAGCAAGAGAUCCUGCCGCUUGGAGAAACACGCAAUCAGAACUUCGCCGUCCGGGAUUACAGACGCUUCUUAGGGGACGCUCGCGAAGGAUCUUUGAAGGCCCAAGAAAUAUAUCACGGCAUUUUGGUACAUGACAUCAAACGGCAUCUCGAGGCUUUGAGCUUUGAGGGCGCUCUGAUUGUUUCGUCAUGGAAUAGACGGCAUACGGAUUUGACAAGUUUGAUAUUGCUAAGAGAGAAUUCACCGAAUAUUUUGGAUUGUAAAGCGACGUUCACGCGUCAACUGCAGAAUGGUCCAAAAUAUUUUUGAUAGCUACGUGGCUGAGCAAAAAUCACGGUGCGAACAUCUACUCAGCCUGGAAAACAACAAUAAUACAACGGGAGUUCGAUGUCCGCCGUCAUUUGAUCGUUUACUGUGCUGGCCCAGCACCGGUGCUUCAGAAACUGCCAUCUUGCCUUGUCCACCUAGUUUUGCAUUCGGAUACAAUCCUAAAAAUGCAACGGCAAGCAAAAUCUGCUUGUCAAGUGGACGUUGGUAUAAAAAUUUGGACGGAGUCACGUGGAGUAACUACAGUCAGUGCAGACCACCAAGAGACGAAUACGUCACAGCAAUUGCUGACAUUACUGAAUUGUCAAAUAGAACGAACUACGGCCCGGACGGAAAUCUAGACUUAGUGAACAAAUGGUUAUCGGUCAUCAAAACAGUUUCGCAGAUCGGCUAUGCAUCCUCCUUUACUACGUUGGUCAUAGCACUGGUGAUCUUCUCCUUUCUCAGGAAACUUAGAAAUUCCAGGAACAGGUUGCACAAGCACUUAUUCGUCUCGUUCAUCAUGAGAGCGUUUAUGGCUCUUCUGAAAGAUUGGCUGUUCGUUGGCGGCGUUGGAUUAGCCUGGGACGUUGUCGCAGUCGAUGGAAAAGGCGUCUUCAUAAAGGAGCACAAUACUUGGAUCUGCAAAGCCAUCACAAGUGUCUGGCAAUACUUCAUUGUUGCCAAUUACGCCUGGAUACUCAUGGAGGGACUCUACUUGCAUAAUCUUGUAUUUCUUGCGUUCUGCUCCGACACAACCGCCAUUACCUUGUACGUUUCUUUAGGCUGGGGACUGCCCUGUAUCGUAGUUAUACCCUGGAUCGCAGUUCGCAUCAUACUGGACGACACAUUGUGCUGGACAACGCACACAGAUCAAUCAUUAUUCUUAAUAAUACGGAUACCAAUAAUGAUUUCAAUUUUGUUCAACUUUAUCCUGUUCCUCAAUAUCGUGAGGGUCCUAUUGGCCAAAUUGAAGACGUCCUUGCAGAUGCAACGAAAAAAAAUGCGGUACAGAAGGUGGGCCAAGUCCACCCUUGUACUCGUACCGCUGUUCGGCGCCCAUUAUACUCUUUUCCUUGGUUUAUCUUAUCACAAGGAUUAUAGAGUGGAGCUCGUUUGGCUAUUCUGCGAUCAAUUGUUCGCAUCGUUUCAGGGUACGUUUGUCGCUCUUCUUUACUGCCUACUGAAUGGCGAAGUCAGAGCUGAGAUGAAGAGAGUCUGGAAAGCAAGAAAGUCACGAAGAGGGGUAAACUCAUUGAUCUUGGCUCAUAGGGAUACCACGACAAGAUCAUUUAAUCCAAGAUCAAAUUGUUACCGCCAUCGUAGCAAUUGUGAGCGGGCACUCAAUCCUGAAAGGGAUCAGGCACGCGCGAUUAUGGACCAGGAUCAGGAGGAGAUCAUGAAUCAAUAAGUGUCUUCUCCAUUGUGAAAGAGAUCGUAGAGACAUUAUUGUUCUUUGAACAAGGUAUCCAGGAUAAUGGAGAGUCACGUUACGUAAUGAGAUCGAUGUAAUAUGUGUAUGUGAUAUUAUUGAUUUAUUGAUGCCUCCGUUUUAUAAUUUAUUAAAUUAUUAAAUUUAUUAUACAUUGGGAUGGUCGCUAUCAAUGUUCGAUGGAUCAAUGUAAGAAACAAAUGAUAUUAUUGUUCGUAUGUAGUUAUCAUUAAUAAAAUCAUGACUGCGAUAUUUUUAUUAAAAUUAUCACGUCAAUUAUUUAU